CUUAUUCGGGGAAUGUUUCUUUCACAACCUUUCACUUCUCCCUUCCUCUUAUUAUUUCCUUUCCUUUUCACCUUUACGCCAUCGACGGGCAAUAGGCUUACUUUCAAUUCUUGCCCAUCAUGCCUAACAAAGUAGUUAUGAUGUUGGCGAUGGAUCCCAACUUUUCUCGAGCAGGUGCCGGCAUCGCUCGAUUGGGGAGGGGGUUUGGCGCUGGUGCUGCGAGAUAUUUCGUCGCGAAGGUUCCGAUCGUCAAAUGGCUUCCAAACUACUCCUCCAAGUUCAUCAUUAGCGAUAUGAUUGCUGGAAUUUCGGUUGGCUUGCUUCUUGUUGCCCAAUCGCUCACAGUUACGGUCUUUACGGGUGGAAAACCGAGUACAGCACUGUUGUCAAGUUGGCUGCCGGGUCUUAUAUAUGCUGUCAUGGGAACCUCUAAAGGUAUAAGAUUUUCUUGGAUUCCAAUUACACAGGGCAUUGUCUGACAAUUGUAGAUAUGAGCUUGGGCCCAAGUUUGGCUUCGUCUCUUGCCACCGCCGGACUUAUCAAAACGAUAGAGGAAAAGUCGCCUCAGCCAAUCCCGCCUGCGAUAAUUGCGGCUGUAGUUUCCUUUGGGGUGGGUUUCUGGUCUUUGUUGUUCGGUCUCCUCAAUUUCGGCUUCAUCUUCACCAUGUUUUCGAAUCCUGUCUUCGAUGGCUUUGUUAUGGGAAUUACACAGAUCAUCGUCCUGCUGCAAAUUCCAGUGAUUUUGGGCUUGACGGGCAUUACCCCGGUUCUGUCAAAGGUAAUGGGUGAGAUGAUUGAAAAGAUUGGAAAAACAAAUGGAGCCUCCGUCGGAUUGGGGGUAGCGACUAUCGUUCUCAUGGUAGUGAUUGGCAUUGUUGCGGGUAAACUGGCAAGGGUAAAACCAAUGAUUGGGCUUGCCGCCAGUCUCAAACAUAUCAUACUGAUCACCAUCUUUGCCGGGGUGAGUUAUGGUCUCAACAACAGUCGAAAAGAGCCAUAUUGGCAGGUGAUUGGCCCCAGCAAUACAGGACUCAAGUCUCCUGCACUCCCCAAUUCUAAAAUGCUGUCAUCUCUAUUCAUGGGAACAAUCGGGAUUGCCCUGGGUACAGCCCUUGAGCACGUUGCUCUCGCUAGAUCUUUUGGGACGUCCAAAGGGUAUGCAAUCAACCCAAGCCAGGAAUUGGUUACUCUCGGCAUCACCAAUUUGAUGAACUCUCUUUUCGGAGGUGGACCCGUUUCAAGCGACCUUGCUCGAUCAUGCUUCAGCGCCUCAGCUGGUGCCAAAAGUCCUUUGAGCGGUUUGUUUACAUCGGCUACGGUUCUUGUCGCCAUGUUCAGCCCGGGAUGGCUACGUUAUAUCCCCAACACCGUGAUUGCUGGUAUGACCCUCAUCACUGUACUGGAAGCUGCUCCCCCGAUGGCUCUUCUCGGUGUCCACUUUAAGACUUCCUUUGCGGACUUCAUGGUCAUGUUGAUGUCAUUCAACAUAGCUAUGAUGGCAUCUGGAGAAAUCGGUAUCUUGGGAGGCCUCUUCAUUUCUACCAUGUACACCAUCUUCCGAAAUGUUUCAACCAAGCCACUCCCACUUUCCGGCGCCGACAUUGAAAAGCGAAAUGGCCAAGAAUCCGUAUGGUCGAUAGGAGAACAGGUCCCUGACGGAACACAGAUCAUCGCAAUCCCGCGCGAUUUGACAUACAUGAGUGCUCCACGAAUCAAGAAAUACAUGAUGAAUGAAAUCUUCAUUCAUUUCUUCGGAUCUCCUCCCACAGAACGACAGUAUGCGCAGCGCGUCUGGAACUUUCACCGCGACAAUUACAUUGCAAAUCUUCGUCGCAAGCAUGGCGUCAACAGGGCCGAAACAACACGCCUACGCCUUGUCAUUAUCGAUUUCACGGCUUGUUCCUUCCUCGAUAUCUCUGCCAUUAUGAUGCUGGAGCAAGUUAAGAAGGAAUUGAGAGACUUCGGUGGGGAUAUCGUCGAGUUCCGAUUUGCGGGAAUGAAUGCCGCAGUCAAGAAGAGAUUCCAACGAUACGGAUGGAAGAUCUCGUCGCCAUAUGAUUCCAAGCAGGUUCCAUCAGAAUCUGAUAAAGCCCCUCGCAAAGAUGCUGUCCCUGAACAGGAGGACUUGAUCUUUGAUCAUCUUGCUACUGCCAUACGACACCAAGAGGGGUUGCAGAGAGUGAGCACCGCCGAUUCGCGAUACGAUAUUGAGCAAAGCAUGGGUAUGGGAAAGUUCUGAUGGAGGGCACAAUCCUAGAUUACCGUUACUACUAACUGUACCCUCCUGUAUUUUAUUGGCUAUCGCUAAGUUGGAGCUUUCGGAUUCUUGGAUUUCUUGUUUUUCUCCUUAUGUUUUGUUUCUUAGCCUGACAUCAUGGCCAGCCGCUCGUUUGCUGCCGCUAAUCCAAUUUUCUUUCAUUUUGUAUCAGCUUGAAUUACUUGAGGUUAACCUUACCUAGCGUAGAUUUUUUUUGUUUAUGAAACUAUUUUCAGCAAUUGUAUAAUAUAAUGGGGUGUUUGAG